AUGGAUGCGGCUUCCAUGGCGGGGCGCCUCGCUUGCCAGGACGGCGGAAUGGGGGUGAUCGAUGCUUCUCGUGUCAAGUCCAUCACCCUGGAAGAGAUCGAGGCCUUGAUGGGCGCGCAGGAGCCUGGAUCAGAGCAGCAGGGGGGCAGCAGCAGUUCUACCGCGCAGCCGGCUGAGGCAAAAGAGGAAGAGGACGAGGACUUCCAUACCGCGUUCAUGGAGACCAUGCGCAAGCUGACCGGCGAAGUCCCGCAGGAUGGGGAGUCCCUGAAGGACUUCGAGGCCUCGGCCAAGUUCGCGGGCGCGCGGCCGGGCUUCGUCUUCAAGCGGGGCAAGCGCGGGAUGGGGUACUACCGAGACGUGGGACCCUUCGGCAGCAUGCCCAAGGAGAAGCCAGUGUCUGGGGAGGCCUUGCCGGACUUUCGUCGAGCCAAGCAGGUGAAGAGAGCGCUCGAUGAGGAUUUUGAUGGCCAAGGCGAGGCGGAUGAUGAGGACGACGUGCAGGCGAGGUGCAAAGGUCCCCAGACCUUGGAGUAG